AUGGCGCGUGACAAGACCUUGCGCUUUGCAGCGGAGUCCAACGAGUUGAGGGAGGAGUGGAUCCAAGCUGUAGCAAAUUGCGCUGCAGGGUCCGCAGAGGCUGCGGCGCCUGACCUCCUGGAGCCAAGACCGGAACCGGCGGCGAAGAAAGGACCCAAAGGCGGUCCAAAAGGGGGACCACCGCCCAAGGGCAAGGGCAAAGGUAAAGGACCGAAAGGGCCGGGGAAAGCGCCGGGCCCCAAAGGAAAGACUCCCCUGCCACUGAGCGGGAAGGGCAUGCCAAAGGCAUCUAGCCUUCCCUUGGGUCGGCGAUUGUCGGUGCGCCUGCUGCUUCCCGGUGAAGCGACGUCGGUCGCGAUGGACCACGCGGACGCGGACGCGGAAGGCUCCGAUGGAAGCGACGUCGGAAGGGCCCAAUUGGCGGUCGACCUGGAGGAUCUAAGACAAACCUUUGGAGCCUCCAGAUCAUCUUCAAAGCAGACUCCUAGAACUGCAGCGCACGAAGUGGGUUUGGAACUGCUGCCGAGAAAGGAAGCACAGAACGUGGCCAUUGUUCUGAAGAGUUUGCGACGAAAGUGGUCUGAUCUACAGAUGGAAGGCUUGGCAGCGUCUCUUGAUCAGCUCCAACCGGGCGACUGCCCGCUGCCUGCGGAGGAGUGUGAACGCUUCAUCCAAGUGCUUCCGGCGCCGGAGCAUUUGCUUCCGUUGGCCAACUACCAGGAGGCAGCCUCCAAGCUGCGUGACAUCGAGCGCGAGCUCUUGCCCUUGGCGAAGCUGACGCGCCUUCGAGAACGCUUGCGCUUGUAG